AUGAAGUUUACCCUCUUCAUCCUCGCGACGCUCCUGAGCGUCACUUUCCUUGGCACGUCAGCCAAAUACGUCAAAUUCAUCAACCACUGCCCGUACAACAUCUUCUUCUGGGCUGUCGGCCCCCCAGCCUCGCACCUCGAUGGCGGCGACUCUACCCGCAGCAUGGUACCCGGCAACGGCGGCUCCGUCAUUCAUCCCAUGGUCGACACAGAGAGAUUCGGCGGCGGUCUCUCGUUGAAGAUCAGGGAUCUGGAUUACUAUGUUACUGGGCCUGCAGGCAUCAUUCAGGUCGAGUAUAAUCUUGAGGAAUCCAAGGGGAAGAUGUGGUAUGACCUUAGUGCUGUGGAUUGUGAUCUGAAUGCUGGGCCGGCAAACCCGAAGUAUUGUCCACUCAUUCGAGGUGGUGUGAAACUCUACAUCAACCCAGUACCCAACAAGAAAGACUGCCCAUAUGCGUACUGCAAUGAGGAGAAGUGUGUGAACACUUAUCUUAGCCCAGGCGGGUUCGCGAAUGAGCCAAGCCUCAUGUGCUGGGCUGGUGCUGAUAUCUUUGUCGAGACUUGUACCGACGGCCCAGGAGUCCAGACAUUCUUUGGCAAGGAACCAAAGGCUGCUGGUUCCGUCCACCAGGCCAUUCCUGCACCAGUUGUCCAGCCUCCUGUCGUCCAGCCUCCUGUCGUCCAGCCUCCUGUCGUCCAGCCUCCUGUCGUCCAGCCUCCUGUCGUCCAGCCUCCUGUCGUCGCUCCCAAUGGCAUGAUCAUCUCUCCAAAUGGUCAAUGCGGCGGCACAACUGGCUUCACCUGCAACGGCUCUCCGAAAGGACCCUGCUGCAGCCCCUACGGCUACUGCGGUGACACAGCCGCUCACUGCAACCCCGGCUGUCUCCCUUCCUUCGGCUACUGCCAUGAUAUAUGGCAGAUUCCUCCGAUCGGCCGCCGUGCUGCGGCCCCUGAGCCUUUCACCUGGCCUGAGCCGUCUAUCGUCACCUCCCAGCCUUCCACCGUCGCCCCCGAGCCUUCCAUUGUUACCAAGGUUGCAAACGUCUUCACUUCGACUACCACUGCGACCGAGACCGAAGUCGAUUGUGACACGGUCAAGCAUACCGUUACGAAGGUUGUGAAGGCCACGAGGAAGCCCGGUUCGCAGUUUACGCCUCCGCCGCUGAGGAGAAGGUUUGCGGCCAUGUAG